AUGCCGCUCGCACGAACCCCUCCAAGGGGUACAGGCAACGUCAACCACCGCGCCCAUACGUUUUCCCCUUCCCAGGCGUACCCCGAUGGCGUCCCUCCAACUGAACCGGCUCCGAUUUCAAGAGGAGGAGGUCUCGCGCGAACACCUCCACCAGGAGCACCGCAACCGCAACCGACAUCUCGCGGAAAGGAGAAGCAACACGAAGGCAUGGAUGUCGAGGAGGAGCGGCCAUCGGAGCGAAGACGAUCGAGGCGUUCGAUUGCGCAACCGGAUCCCCCGGAACAGCCCGAGGAAGUGUCGGACGAGGACGACAGAGAAGAACCGAAGGUCGAGGAGGACGACCGGGAAGGCGAGGAAGACACACAGGAUGAUCGACCAGGGGAAGCCGAAGUCGCGGUCGAGAUAGAGGUGGAAGAGGACGUAGAGGUGCACGCUCCUCCGCAUACCCCGCCGCCGCAACGCGCUCCUUCACAACCAGCCGUGACGCCAGGUCGCACCCCUCGAGCGCCGCGGGCAUCAUAUCACCCCGCCGAUCCACUGUCGCCUGACGACCCCUCCGAAUCCACGCGGACCCCUCGGACACCGCGUGACCGGCGCAUGAGCCGCGCGCGCACCCCAGCCGAGGUCGUCAGCGAGCCCCCCGUGCCGAUCCGCGACACAGACGAGGCAGAGUACGGCAAGUACUACGAAACGCUGUCUCGAGCGCUGCGGAUCAACACAAUCGACAAGGGGCUGAGCAAGUUGACUCGUGCUAUCCAUUGCUCUCGGAGGAGAAGCCAGAGUCGAUCCGCGACGUCUGGACCAACAUGCUGUACCAGCUCCGGACGGACAGUCUUGGUACCGAAACGACUGCGCACGCUCGCGCAGGUCGUCGACGAGGCGAACGCGUGGAAGGAGUCGUCGUCCGAGGGCCGGCCAGAUGCUUGGCGACCAGACUUGACGCCGUUCACGAUCUCGACAGGCACCAACCUGGAAGUGUACGACCAGUCGUGGGCCGAGCUGCGUGAGGAGUAUCUCGCGCUCACGAAGGAGUGCGGCGAGCGCAUGAAGACGAUCCAGGAGAAGCGCGAGCGGCUCGCCAACGUCGACAACGGCGUCAGCGACAGUGUCGUCGAGCUGGCCAAGGUGAGUUGA